AACAGGAGGCCGUUCGGACUUGGCCGGGCGCGGCUGACUCCUGCUCCCGGGACAGACCGGGGCGGGUGCCGCGGGGCCGCGUGUCCCGGGAGCCACACGUGGGGCGCUCCCAUUCUCCCUCCUUUGGGCUCCGCUCCGGACCUGCCGAGUCCGAGCGCCGCGCGGCCCUGGCGUGGCCCGCCCCGGGCGCGAUGGCCCCGUGAGCCGCGGAGAGGGAGGCGGCCAGGGCUCGACGCGCCCCCCGCGGCGGGAGCAGCCGGAGCGGUAUGAGCCGCGCCCAGGGCGGCGGCAGCGGCCCCCGCAGCCUCCUCUGCCGGCGCCUCCCGCGGGCCCCGGUCCACUUGCCCCCGCGCACCAUGCCGAGCCCCGGCCGGCGGAUGCCCCAGCGCAGCCCCGGGCGCCUCCCCGGCCCCCGCUAACGCACCCGGGAGCGGCCGCGGCCCCCGAGGCAGCCUCCCGCGCCGCGCCCCGGGGGAGGCGGAUCCGCGGGGCGCCCCGAGCCCCCGCUGCGCCCCUCGCUCUCCCGCCGCGUCCCCCUCCCGGCCGCCCCGGGCGCGCGCGGCGAUGGGGGCGCUGCUGGCCGUCUGCCUGCUCCUGGGCUGGCUGCGCGGGGGCCCCGCGGGCGCCCAGCCGCCCGGCGAGUAUUGCCACGGCUGGGUGGACGCGCAGGGCAACGACCACGACGGCUUCCAGUGCCCGGAGGACUUCGACACGCGGGACGCCACCAUCUGCUGCGGCUCCUGCGCGCUGCGCUACUGCUGCGCCGCGGCCGACGCCCGGCUGGAGCAGGGCGGCUGCACCAACGACCGCGGGGAGCUGGAGCCCCCGGGCCUCCCGGCGCAGCCUGUCUACGUCCCUUUCCUGAUUGUCGGCUCCAUCUUCAUCGCCUUCAUCAUCCUGGGCUCUUUGGUGGCCAUCUAUUGCUGCACCUGCUUGAGACCCAAGGAGCCCUCCCAGCAGCCAAUCCGCUUCUCCCUCCGCAGCUACCAGACAGAGACCCUGCCCAUGAUCUUGACCUCCACAAACCUCAGAGCACCUUCCAGGCAGUCCAGCACAGCCACCAGCUCCAGCUCCACGGGCGGCUCCAUCCGAAGGUUCUCCUUUGCCAGGGCAGAGCCAGGCUGCUUGGUGCCCUCGCCACCUCCGCCGUACACCACAGGCCACCCAAUCCACCUGACCCAGCCGUCCGGUUUCCUGGUGUCACCCCAAUACUUUGCGUACCCGCUCCAGCAGGAGCCCCCACUGCCUGGGAAGACCUGUCCAGACUUCAGUUCCAGUUGACAGGCCCCGGCCAUACAUCCACCACGCGGUACCAGGGCAGGCGGGUGGGAUGCUGCUGUCAAUGCCACAGAUAUUUGCGAGGACACUUCCCUGGAACCCAGCGAUGCCAUGGAGGAGAGUGUGAGGGAAAUACGACGCUUUCUAGUCUUCAGGUUCCUGGCUCCAGUCACAGCCUGACUGUGUUAGAGAACUGCUUUCUGGCUUUGAAAACAUGGUGACCAGCACAUUUCAAUUUAUGCUACUUUUAUUCAAAAGAUACAAUAGUUCAAACUUUACAGUUGCCAACGGGUUGAAGAUGUUUUAUUGGACAACUCAGCUGUACUGUUUAGAAAAAGUCUACAUGUUCUUUUCUCAUUAUAAGUUGUUUAGUGAAUUAUAAUACAAAUAUAUGCAUAAAUAAGCAAAGAGCAAUACCUGGUUGUACUAGUAAUUAUUGAAGGUCCACUUAAAAGAAUUUACUACUAAGUAAACUGAGGGGACAGCGAACGACCUAUUUAUGAUUUUGGGAGCGACCUAACCAUGAAUAAUGUUAGCAUCAUCAGAAACAGUUACUUUUUAAGUUAAUAAUUAAAUUGUGUUUAAACUAUAAGAGCUUUUUUCAGAAUGCAAGAUUUUGAUAACCACAGGAGGCGUUUAAAGUUUUCAGUAUUUACUCAGCUAUUCAUGGUAACACAGGACGUAUGUGAACGCAUUUCCCCCACCCACCUGAGGGAAUAUUUAUUGCAGACUUUUUGUUCAGCAAUAUUUUCUGUUUAAGUGAAAGUUGGACAGUUGGGUCUUAAAACAUUUAUAUGUAAAAUGAGUUAUGUACAAAUGUAAAGAUUUAUAAUUUAAUGGAUUUACCACAUUGACGGUACUAAUUAUUUAGUAGUCACACUGUAAUUUUUUAUGUUAAUAUUAACUGUGGAGUUCAAAGUCCAGCUACUGGUUAUAAUCAUCUAGUGUUACAUAUUGCAAACGUCACUGAGUUCCAUGUCUGAUGACUAUGCAUUUGGGCAUGUAUCCUGCUGGGUUAGAAUAAAUAACAUACUUGUUUUCGUGAAAUCUA